GUCCCUUAUAAGCGACCAUGGCCAACGCAGCGUGUCGAUCGUGGAUCUCCGAUCACUCAUGGCCGAUGCACUCUCUCUCACCCUCGUCAUCUCUGCUUUCGUUACGUUUGAACGCCCCCUGGAGAGUACGCGGGGUUAAAUAUAGCAGAUUAUUCUACAAUCAACGUCGCGACACAGUCUUCUUGUGCAUCCUCCUAUCAGUCGAUCAUUGGGUGUGACACGGAGAUGUUCCGUUGGAUCUUGUUGGCUGUCGUUUGCUGCUGUGCGGUAGUGUCCGCGGAAGGAUGGUGGAAAUCGGCCGUUUUCUAUCAGAUAUACCCACGAUCGUUUAUGGAUAGUGAUGGCGAUGGGAUCGGUGAUCUUCGAGGGAUAGCUCAGCGGCUCGACUAUCUGCGAGAUAACGGUAUCGAUGGGUUCUGGUUGUCACCAAUCUUUCGAUCACCGAUGGCCGACUUUGGGUACGACAUCUCGGACUAUUACUCCAUCCAGCCGGAGUACGGAACGAUGGCAGAUUUCGAUGCUUUGCUUCAAGAGGCAAGGAAGCGUGGAUUGGAGGUGAUUUUGGACUUUGUUCCGAACCACACGAGCGAUGAGCAUGAAUGGUUUAAAAAGUCCGAGGCACGCGUGCCGGGAUUCGAGGAUUUUUACGUUUGGCAUCCGGGGAAAAAGGCGACCGCGAACGGUACGGCAGGGAGGCCGGCUCCACCGAGCAAUUGGGUGAGCUAUUUCCGUGGUAGCGCCUGGGAGUGGAGCGACGUACGCCAGGAGUACUAUUUGCACCAGUUUCUGGCCAAGCAACCCGAUCUCAACUAUCGCAAUCCGGCGGUUGUGGAAGCAAUGAAGAACGUGAUGCGUUUCUGGUUGGCUAAAGGAGUCAUCGGGUACCGUAUCGAUGCGGUGCCAGCACUGUUUGAGGUGGCGAUGGAUGCUGAUGGCCAAUAUCCGGAUGAGCCGCUCAGUGGCAACACGAAUGAUCCUGACGAUCCCGGCUACACGAUACACAUCUACACGCAGGACCGUAACGAAACGUUGGAUAUGGUGUACCAGUGGCGUGCCGUUAUGGACCAGUUCCAGCAACAGCACGGUGGUAAGGAAAGGAUUAUCAUGACUGAAACCUAUUCGCCUAUUGAUAUCGUUAUGAAGUACUACGGUAAUGGGACGGUUCCGGGGGCACAAAUUCCGUUUAACUUUCAUUUCAUAACGGAUUUGGGUGCCGGCUCGAGUGCAGAAGAUUUCCAAAAUACGAUCCACUUUUGGAUCGAUCAUAUGCCUUCGAAUUUGAACUCCGUCGUACCGAACUGGGUGGCCGGAAACCACGAUCAACACCGUGUUGCGAGUCGCUUUGGAGAUGGCAUGAUCGACGGUAUGAACAUGAUUCUGCUCUCGCUACCGGGUGUUGCCGUUACCUACAACGGGGAAGAGAUCGGCAUGGAUGAUGUUUGGAUAUCGUACAAUGAUACUGUCGAUCCGGCGGCAUGCAACGCAGGACCCGAUCGGUAUCAGUAUACAACACGCGAUCCAGAACGAACACCUUUCCAGUGGGAUGGCAGUAAAAAUAGUGGAUUCUCUUCGGGAAAUCACACCUGGCUUCCGAUUUCACCCAACUACACGGUCGUUAAUGUAGAGAAAGAGCUCUCCGACGAUAGUAGCCAUCUGUGGGUUUACAGAAAUAUGACCGCCCUCAGAAGAGCAAUCAUCUAUAAGCCCCUCAGCCUGGUAACUUUCACGGAACAAAACGUGUUGGUGUUAAGACAAAGUGGCGAAUAUUUAGCAUGCCAGACCUGUUACAUAUAUACGAUGGUUAACAUAGGAAACGGCCCUGUUACGAUCGAUCUCAGCAAACAGGAACCUUCGUUGGUUGGAGUAGGCAUUUACGCGGUGGUUUCUGUGUCCUCUAAGCACCGCGUAGGGGAAGUCGUUUCAGUGAAUCACGUCGCUAUCGAAUCGAAGGAGUCCUUCGUGCUGCUCGUGGAUUAUUCAACAACUUAUGAGGUCAUCCAUGUAUGAGGGUAACCAUGUGCCCUUUUUCGGAUUCACGAAAAUAUAGUACCGUGCAUGGUUUA